GAAAAAGCUAACCGCAAUGUCAGCUAAGAAUGGCGUUGAAAUGGUUAAAAAAGUAGCCGAAUUUAUUUCCAAAGGCACGAGUUUUGAUCGCGUCACGCAAAUGGUUAAAAUAACGAGUGGCGGUGAAGGGCGAUGCGUCGGCGAAUUUACGGUGGCAGCUGAGCAUUUAAAUCGCUUGGGCUCCUUGCACGGUGGUUUAACGGCCACCAUACUAGAUAAUGUAACUACAUACGCACUAAUGUCCAAGGGCUCUCAUCCCGGCGUUACCUCUAGUCUAAGUGUGAGCUAUGUAUCUGCGGCCAGACCAGGAGAUGUUAUAGAGGUGGAUGCGAACACUCUGCAUUCUGGACGCAAAAUGGCAUACAUUGAGUGUGUGCUGCGCAAUAAAGCGGAUGGCAAGAUCAUUGCAAAAGGUGGACAAACCAAAUACGUUGAUUUCAACACAGAGUCAAGCAAAUGAAUGUAAUCAGUUGUAAAACUAAAUAAAUAAGAGAUAACUCAA